AUGGCGGCGGCGGAGUCAAACCAACUGAGCUCCCUUGUGGCCAACAUGUUCACUUCGGGUUUACUGGACGAUCAGUUCCGACAGCUUGAGAUGCUCCAAGACGAGGGCAACCCAGACUUCGUUGCCAAGGUUGUCAUGCUUUUCUGCGAGGAGGGUGAGCAUACCAUUGGCGAGCUCGCCAAGCAAUUGGACCAACCAUGUGUGGACUAUGGCAAGGUGGACACAUUUGUGGAUCAACUCUGGAGAAACAGUGCAUGUGUUGGUGCUCAGAGAGUGAAGAACACUUGUAUUCAGUUCCAUGUGUGUUGUCAAGAGAAGAGCAAAGUUGGGUGCCUGAAGACACUGGAUUCUUUGAGAAUUGAUUUCUAUGAUCUAUGCAGCAUGUUCAUACCAUAGGCUUCAGCUGCAGCAGCAUGUCGUAAACUGUAGAGCGGAGCAAUAAAGCAGGAGCGGCAUGUUUUGAUUGCACAUUGUGUUUGAUGUCGUAGAACAUGCUCAAUUUAGCAUAUAUGGCCUGGAGUUGUUUGCUUCUGUGGGGUCUAUAGUUCUUUCAAGCGACAAGCUGCUCUUCUGGUUUUGAUUUUGGUGGCACUGUCCGUAAUUUCAUGCGGAAUUAUUGGUGGUCAAAUAACAAUCAUCUGUGAUCGUUUUGCUGAUUAUCUGUGGUUAAUCUGGUGUCGUGGUUCUAGUCA